AUGGGUCAAUCAUAUCACCUUCCAACUUCUUCACCAUCAUUUCACCAACCAAGGGCAUUCUUGGUAGCACCACCAUCAUCUUUGCAAAAUUUAGUAUGGUAUCCUAAUUCUGGACACAGUCACCGUGAACUACGAAUGCUUUCCAAAUUUUUGGACUUUGCAUCAAGACAUAACUCAUCUGGUGUUGGUGGCUCUUCUAACCCAUCCUCUCAGACUCCUAUACAAUCUAGUCCAAAUUCGCAAUAUUCAGAUUUUGCCAACCCUCAUGGAUUAGAUGCUAUCGACCUUAAUGAUGAUGAUAUUGAAGAUUGGAGGCAAGAUAGUAUUCAACACUGGCAUUGGAAAGAGGAUGAGAUGCUGAUCAGUGGAUGGUUAAAUGUUUCAACUGACCCUGUAGUUGGUGCCGAUCAAAAGGGGGAAACAUUUUGGAGUCGAAUUCAUAGCUACUGUGUAGAAUUUUGCACCGACAUGACAAGGGGGAUAGUUGCAUGUAAGAAACGAUGGUAUAAGAUCAACAAGGCUAUUGCACAAUUUGCUGGUUGCUACGAUCAAGCUAGUCGAAACAUAAGGAGUGGUUCGAACGCUGAUGAUAUAAAGGAGUUGGCUUAUAAACUUUAUUCCACAAAUUAUGGUCAAAAGUUUACUUUUGAGAGGCAUUGA